UGUUUGUAACUAUCCACAUAUAUAGACGUACACAAUAUCAGAGAUGUCUGUAUACACACAACACAUUAAUUCCAAGCUAAGCGAGGCUUUAAUCUCACGGUCACAUUGAGAUUUUGGCCAGAUCAUUCGCAACGUAUCUUUCUGGGCUUGGAUUAACGGAAUUCAAGUUAGUACUCUUUACGGGAAAUUGUACUCACGUGUCGUAUAGGUAUAAUUAGUAUUAACGGACAUUAUAAAUAGUAGGACAAAGCAUUCCUAAAGCCACCCACACACCACACUAAGCCAUUGUCUAGUCACAUGAUGUUUGUUUAUUGUGUUUGUCUAAAAUUUUGUUUGUCUAUAUUAAUGGUCUAAGUAGCUGUAUACAGUUAGUUUGUUAGUUUGGAACUAAACAUGUUUGGCCAGUUUUCUAGCCCAUCACUGAAUGAAGGAAGUUAUGACUACAAGUUCAUAAAAGAACCUGCAGACUCUCUCAAGUGUCUCAUCUGUCUGCUAGUAGUUAGGGAGCCACAACAACAUGGCGGCUGUGGGAAGCUAUUCUGUAAAGUGUGUAUUGACAAGCACACAGUCCUAAAAAAUACCUGUUCACAUUGCAGGCAGCCAUUAAAUAACUCAAAUGGCUUUCCAACCAUCUUCAAUGAUUUCAGAAGUAAGUGGUAUAUAGAUCAAAGCUUUCCCAGUGUAAAUUAUGAAUAGUGUGUUAAAACAAUAAAUUAUAUACAUAUACCUGUACCUGCAUGCAUGCAUACAUCACCCCUAUAACCGUAUACAAACACAUGCAGGUGAUCAAGAGGUCAAGUCUCUAAUGGUGUACUGCAGCACUGCUUGCGGUUGGAAAGGAGAGCUGGGAUCACUCGAUAAUCACAAGCAGAAAGACUGUGAGAACACAGUAGUCUUUUGCGAAAACAAUUGUGGUGAAAUAAAUAUGAUUCGAAAGAAUCUCAAGGCCCAUCUCGAGUCCAAGUGUCCUAAUCGACUACACAAAUGCCCUCACUGUGGUGCAAACAACCAGUACAAAAACCACCAACUUCAUACCAAAUUACAUUGCCCCAAACGAUUGCAUUGUUGUGUUCAUUGUGGUGAAAACGGCUGCUUUGAUGAGCGUACUUCUACACAUUUGGAGGUUUGUCCCAAGAUGAAAAUUGCGUGUAAAAAGUGCACACAACGUAUCCUGCGCUGCCAGCUGCCAACUCAUCCAAAACAAUGUACGUUUGAACCAGUGCCCUGUAAAUAUGCUGAAGUUGGGUGCAACGUUCGGCCUCUACGCAGAGACCUCAAGAAGCACGAAGAAAAUUACCAACUUCACCUUCGAGUUACCACAGAAACAGUACUCGAGCUAAAGAAAAUGCUUUCCAAACCAGUUGUCCCAGUUACAGUUGCCCCAGUUACAUACAAAGUUGCAGAUUUUGCUAAGCGCAAAACAGACAAUGAUGUAAUCUACAGUCCUUCGUUCUACACUUCCACAAAUGGGUACAAAAUGUGCUUAAGAAUAAAUGCCAACGGUAUUGGCACUGGCGAAGGCACACAUGUCUCUGUGUUUACUUGCCUCAUGGCAGGAGAAUAUGAUGACUACCUGACCUGGCCGUUCACUGGGAGGGUAACAAUCGAGCUACUCAACCAACGGGAGGACAAGAACCAUCACAAGAAGACAACCACAUUCCCAGCACACGAUGUGGCCAGUCAGAGAGUGGUGGAUGGUGAGAGAGGGUUAGGAGGUGGACGGACUAAGUUCAUCUCCCACGCUGACCUCGCUCACAAGCCUCUUACAAACACUCAGUACCUCAAAGACGACACUCUAAUAUUUCGUGUAUCUGCAGAAGCCCCUAACUACAAACCAUGGCUGGAGUGUAUCGAGUGUGUGACAUUAUUACAUAGGACAGCUAAAGUUUCAACUAUAGUGUGAUAACGUGAUAUUUCCUAUGUUGACCUACGUGUACAAUAUAUAUUGUGUCAAAACCAG